CUCCAAGAUCUGAAAGACUACAACGAUGGGCUUGAGCAGCUCUUCCCGCCCUCCCGCCUGGCGACGCUACACCGCAAAUGGCAGAACGAACUCCUUCAAGGAGGACCUCGCGAAGUUGGGCCUGCUUGAGAGCGCUAGCAAUGACGUCUACCCGCAGCUAACCGCCUCUAAUCUAAAACAACUGCGCAUAAACCUGGACUCCAAGCCCACAGCUAAUUUCAAGCCAACGUUCGCCUUAAAGAUUCAGCGGCCGCUGCUCGAAGUCACGGACAAGGAGACUCGGCGCAGCCUGGCUGCUUACAAUAGCCCCUCGGGUGAGAGGGGAAUGGUGCAUUCGGCCUCGGCGCGGCACCCAGAUCUUCAUACAAUCGAUUGCCUAGGAUAUACCGAUGAUACCAACUAG